GGGAGGUUUUGGUUAGGUUAAGUUAUCAGAGACGAAAACGAUACUUAAACUUUGUUGGCUAACAUAGAGAUUCCGUUUAAUCUUAAAAACCUACGUAAUUUCCAAAGGUUAAGAUUGUGUCACUCAUGAGAGCAUCAGGGUUAACCACAGUUGAGAGGCUCAUCUUUAUCAGUGAUCUACAUCUGCAAAAGAUACGAGGCGCUGGGUUAAAGCAGGGUAAGAAGAUAAUCAUGUUGUGAAAUUCUGACAAACAAUUCUUAGAGGACUUUGGUGAGAGACGAUUACAUUUAUCAUCUAAUAGCAACAGUCAGUCAGUUUGGGACCAAUUAGACGCCUGUAACGAGUCUGAGAUCUUAACUCAGAAAUGACAACGGAGGACAGAAGCAGCUGCACCAGCAUCAGGGAAAGUCUGGGACUGAGUUUCACUAUUGACUACCUUCUGUUCAAUAAAGGAGUCAAAGGUUCUAAGGAAGAAGCAACAAUAAGUCUUAUGGCAGUGCAGACAGCGAACGACUUGCUUAAUCAUCAGAAUCCUAAACCCAAGGAGGUGGGGAUACGUCCUGAGAUACAAGAGAAGCAGCUACAGAGGUCAGAGGUAGACUCUGAGGGAAGGAACGUCAAAGAAGAGGAGGGGGAUGAAGUGCAACAAGAGGGGGAGGAGGACGUGAUGACCACCACCACCAAAACCACCACGUCCAUACGCAGCGCUUCAGAGGAAUCUGCAAACAAACCCAACCAGUCCUACAUUACACUCAUCUCUGAGGCAAUCCUGGCAUCCAGGCUAAAGAAACUUCUGCUAUGUGACAUCUACCAGUGGAUCAUGGACCACUACCCUUACUUCAAGAGUAAGGACAAAAACUGGAGGAACAGUGUUCGUCACAACUUGUCUCUGAAUGAUUGCUUCAUCAAAGCAGGCCGCAGUGACGACGGCAGAGGCCACUUCUGGGCAAUUCACCCAUCUAAUUAUCAGAACUUUUCUAACGGGGACUAUCACUGUCGGAGGGUCCGGCGGAGAGCACGCAGGGUGUCGGGACAGCCUCCUCUCUCCUCCCUGAGCUCCUCCUACCACCCUGCCCUCACCCACCCCCAUCUAAUGACCUGUUGGUGCUGCCAUCCUGGCCGAAGACUGCCUCUGUCAUGCUCGGCACUCAGACAUUACUGCCCUUGUUCCUGCUUGCACCAACAAAUGCAUCUUCACCUGGGCCUGCAGGCCUCUGUACACUGAUAGUAUUGAUGUAUUCCAUGUUGUAAAUGUUUGUUAUCCUUGUUACACUUAAUGUUUGUGUGUGAAAUAUUAUUUGGUAAAAGAGAUAUUUUUGAUCCUUUUUUUUUUCUAAUCAUUGUCAU